AAUGUAAACAACUUCCAACAAUUUCAGCCUAAAUUUGACUGACUUUCUAAUAAAAAAUAUAACAUUGAUCGUGUUUUUCACCUAGAUAUCAAAAAUAUGACCAAUCUAGUUGGAAAAUAUUUGGAGAACAUAUCACUUUCGAUAAAACUACUUUUAUUCAUAAUCUAUAUGUUAAUUUUAUGCGUUUUACGCAUUUGAUGUAUUUCUUAUGAAAUUUCUGAUGCUAUCUUCAAUUUGUUUUAACUGAGAAAUCCAUCGUUUUAAUUUCUCGUGCCAUAGUAGCUCGGUUUAGGAACUGUAUAUAUACCACAGUUUUGUAACUAGCAUUAAUGACGUGAAAAACGAGGUUAGAAAUGCUUUCGAUUUAUUAAACGUGAAAAAUUAUACAUUUCUCAUGCUCGACAGAGUGGAAUGUAUACAGUACGUGUAUGCAUAUAUAUUUCAAUUAAAAGUAAAAGUACCGUGGAAUGUGAAGCAUUUCGGUGUUUGGUCGUAGUUAUACGUUAAACGCGUUAUUACAAUGCCGUUUAAGUUUCAUUUGAAGAAAAGUCGACAAUAUAAUGUGGUCUCCAAAAAUCAGUAUGUGAUCUGCAUAGAACUGUUGGACACCACCUCCAUAGAAUGCACACUGAGUAUUGAUAGCCUUGGUCAGGAGUGUUUGGACAAUGUGACUCAACGUUUAGGAUUAGGACAGCCUGAAUUCUUUGGUCUACGUUAUAUUUCGAGGCAUGAUUCUCCAUCUCCAAGAUGGGUUGACAUGGACAAACCAUUGAAAAAACAAUUGGAAAAAGAAGCCAAAAAUUUCAGUCUAUAUUUGAGGGUCAUGUACUAUGUUACUGAUGUGCAACUCAUUCAAGAUGAAAUGACAAGGUAUCAUUAUUAUCUUCAAUUGAAAAGCGAUGUUUUGGAAAGUAGAUUUCAGUGUAAUUCUAGGCAAGCAACUCUUUUAGCAAGUUACUUGAUGCAAGCAGAAUUUGGUAACUAUGAUGCAGAACGACAUACAAUGGAGUGCUUGCAACAAUGUACAUUAUUUCCCAAGGAUGUUAUUCAAGCAGAUCCUGGAGGGCCGGAUUCUCUUUUGCAUACUGCUGUAUGUCAAUACAAGAAUCUGGUUGGUGUUACUCAGCCUGCAGCAGAGGAACUAUACAUUUCUAUUGUUAUGCAGCUAGAGGGAUAUGGAAAUGAAACAUUUUCUACUAAGGACAAUGGAAAUAAUGAAGUGAUACUAGGAAUAUCUGUCAAUGGGAUUAUGGUCAUCUAUCCUAACACACAGACAACACAAUUCUAUAGAUGGAAAGAUAUAAGCAAUGUGAUCAAUCACAAAAAGACGUUUAGAAUAGAAUGUCAAGCCGAAGGCGAGGAGCCAAAGCAAUUCAUAUUUACCGAAUCGCGCAAUGCAAAAUAUGUGUGGCGUUUAUGUAUAGCACAGCACACAUUUUACAUGCAACAUCAAGAAUCUCGGCCAAUGGAGAGAUCAACUAAUGGUUAUUUCGACAGCGACACGAACGAUUCGGGAGAUCAUGCGGUAUCGGUAAAUUUGGAUAACAGAAAUGCAGAGGGUCACACAAGAUGGACUAGUUACAAUGAUCUCUCAACGUCACCGUAUCCCGUUGUAUCCGUGUCGUCUACAGACAUCAACAACUUACGUGCCUUACUUCCGUCCUAUAGACCAGCACCUGAUUAUGAAACUGCUGUCCAAAUGAAAUAUAAUAACGGAGGAAAUCCACCCCAGCCUUAUUACGCUAAUCAAUCCACGAUUGUGGGAGCAGAUAUUUCGUGCCUUCUUGGUAACGUAGUCAAUCGAAGUAGAUAUUGAAGUUACGAAUUACGAGCUCUAUCAUCCAAGAUCAUACGAGAUGAGAAACAUAAUCGUCC